AUGUUUAAAGUCAUAUUCUUCUCCUUAUUCGUGGUUGGAUUGUAUGGGGGUGCCAUUAAGAAACUAAAUAAUGGAGCUGCUUACGAUUCCAGUUCAGGGGAUUCAUCGUAUGAUUCUUACUCUUCGGUAGCGGGUGAUUCUUACUCUUCUGAUCCGUAUUCAACAUCCUACUCUUCGGCCGGUUCUAGUUCAUACGGAGAUAAUAUUCCCAACUCCUAUGACGAUUAUUCCGGCAGAAAAAAUUCUUAUAGCAAUUAUUAUGCCCCUGCUCCUUCUUACUCUAGAAGCUAUGAUAGUUAUUCCAAGGGCUAUGACAAUGAUUAUCCUGACUCUUAUAGUUCUAACUAUGGAGGGGCGAGACCCAAUUCUUAUGGUCCUUCGUAUGACUCUCCUUCAUAUGGUUCCUCCAGGAAAUAUAGCACUGACUCUUAUGGGGGACAAGGAUAUAAUCAAGGUGGAUAUGGGCAGAGUCGUUAUGGGGGACAAGGAUAUAAUGGAUAUGGGCAGAGUCGGGGACAGGGAUAUAAUCGAGGUGGCUAUGGACAAUCUUAUUCCUCUCCCAUUUAUGGUAGCAGGGGGUCUUACGCGAGAUCGUAUGAUUCAUACGGAAACAAUGAUUACUAA